CAAUCGAGAGGUAACAACGAGAAGAAUCGCUUGUGAACACCAUUAUCUACCAAAAGGAGAGACUGCCAUUUUAUCUUGGAAAAAAGUUUCUUUGGACAGGAAGCCUCUCUCGCUCUCCCUUUCUCUCUCUCCCCCCGUCUCUCUCUUCCCCCCACACUCUCUCUCUUGCUCUCUCUCUCACACACAGACACACAAUCACCACAGCUGCCCAUUUCAGAAUGAACCAAUCAGAGAAUCAAUCCCUCUUCUCCUGUAAUGUCAGCCCGAGCGCAGAGCCGGACCUGUACAUCGGCGUCACAAAGAGUGAGCCGUACCACAUCACCAUUCCCAUGACCGUCUUCUACAGCCUGCUCUUCAUCUUCGGGGUGGCGUCCAAUGGCAUAAGCGUCCUGACGCUGCUGAUGAACGCCCGUAUGAAGGCCAGUGCCAUCUGGCCCUACUUGCUUAGCCUAGUGCUGUCCGACAUCCUGCAGCUGCUCACCGUGCCAGUCACCCUCUAUCGCUACUACUGGGAAAGCUACCCCUGGCGUCUGGGGGAGCCCCUCUGUAAGGUCUACUUCAUGAUCCGUCAGAUGUACUGCGCCACCACCAGCUGGACCAUCCUGGCCUUCACCGCCGAGCGCUACAUGGCCAUCUGUCACACCAUGUGGUCCGUCUCCAGUCUGCAGAGGGUGCACCUGCCCCGCCUGCUGGCCGCGGUCUGGCUCCUGUCCCUGGCCUCCUCGUUGCCCUUCGCCCUGGUGUAUGGAAAGGCCCGGGCCUGCAUCCUGGACUACACCGCCACCACGGCGGAGGAGGCCUUCCGGGUGUCCACCAUGUGCGAGGUGACGGAAGCGGAGCCCUACCCGAUUUACCGGUCCGUGCUCCUGAUGAGGGCCGUGCUGUGCUUCCUGGUGCCUCUGCUGGCCAUAAUGAUCCUCUCCCUCCUCAUCCUCUCCCACCUGCUGAGGAACAGCCGCCAGAGGAAGGCCAUGGGGCUCACCAGGAGGGUGGCGUCUGGCCAGGGCCAGCCCUCCCCCCGUCCCGAGAGCGGGAAGCUGCUUGUCUACGAGAGGCGGGCCCUGCGACUCAUGGGUGCAGUGGUGGUGGCCUUCUUUGUGUGCAACUUCCCCGACAUGGCCUCUUCGCUCAUGCAGGUGUAUGUCCAAGUGUGGUCAGACACGGUCCUCGCGGUUUACACGGUGCUCAAGUCUUACCUCUCCCUGCCACUCUGGUACAUCAACAGCGCCCUGGACCCCAUCCUCUUCUGCAUCUCCUCCGACACCUUCCGCGGGGCCUGCUGGAAGACCCUGGGCUCCCUGCACGUGCGCUGGCCUGGGCCCUUCUGGAGAAGGUGGGGAUGGACGGCUCGGAGGAAGCUGAGCCGGAGCUCCUCGAGGACCGUGAGCGUGUCUGGUCGCGACACGGCCGAACAACUGGGGCUAAGGCCGCGCAACGCCGAUCACCAGCAGCUGUCCCUGCGCAGCCUGACCCUGGAGGAGUGUGUGGACCCCACGCAUGUCCUGCAGCAGGUCCCGCCCUAAUCUAUACCUACGACCCCGCAUAUCCCCCCAAACAUGAGGCAGCAGUGUACUAUAAUAACUGGAACUGGUCUGGUAACCAAAAGGUCACAGGUUUGAUUCCCAGGUAUGACACUGCCAUUGUGUCCUUGAACAAAGUACUCAACCUGCAUCAGUUCAGUAUAUAUCCAGUAUAACUGGAUGCAAUGCAAAAAGUUGUGUAUGUCGAUAAAUGCCAGUCAUGUGAUGUGAUGUAAUUGGUGGCAGUGCAUCAGCUGCAUUUCCAAAUACUGUAUUUCCAACUAUAUUUCCCUUUGGCUGAGCCACUGCACUUCAUGCUUUCCUGGACUCAUAAUAAUAAAAUUAAUUUAAAUAUCAACUCACUGGUUUUGUGUUUAUACUGCUAUACAUAUUUGUAGCCAUGUGAGGUCGUAUAGCGAGGACUUAUGUCAUCUAACGUAUUGGCUCUCACUUGUUUGGGGUCCUACCACAAGAUGCUGGAUGUGGAGGCAGUGUCCUUUAAAAGUCAUAUCGGUGAAGUUUAUGAAUAAUCAAAAAAUAAAUACUUUUGUUUGGAUGUAACAUAGGAACGAAACUGAAGGGUAUAUUCUUUAGUGAGUUUUUUUGUGGUGUACCAGACAAUUGCUAGUGUGCGGUUUUCUCCCCUCUUGAACUUUUAUUGUGAAAGCCAAGAUCUUGGUUUAUUUAGCUCAGUGGAGUUGCUAUGCCACGAAUGUAUUGAAUAGCAAAAUUACUGCCUAUGAAUAAAUGUCUUAACCUGAAAUUUUCAUUAUGUAAUUUGCUUUCUUUUUCUUCUGAGUGAACCAGACAUUCACUUUCUGAUUAAAUAUAUUUUUAUAUUAUAAUUGGUGCCGUUUCACUGGGUUAAAAACUCAAACAGAAACUUGUUUGUA